CUUUCACACAGUUUAAUAUCUUUAUAGAUAUUUAUGACAAACCGUAAAUAUGUAAUUCUCCAUUCUCACCAAGAUACAAUUUAAUAGAUGUAUUAUACAUUUCCCUGUUAAGUAAGAUAACUGCGAAUGAACCAAUGGAGUGACUACAGUUGUCCAUUUUAAUUUUGACACAUGGCUGCUGUAAACAUUGAUAUGAAGCAUGAUAGCUAGUGUCUGUGCAGUUGUUCAGUAAUUUCUCUUGCGAAAAAGAAUGACGAACUCUUUGGAGACAAUUGUCUAACGACUCGAGGCAUCUUUCCAUUGCUCUGUGAUGGAGGUAUCUCUGAGAGUAUUGCCAGUGGACCGAGUGGACCGCGGUACCCAGAGGAUCAGACUAGGCACAGGGCUGAUGUCCUCCCUCAGGCUGGGCCUGGGAUCUCCUGUCCUGGUGGUUCUCUCUGAAGGGUCCUGUCUAUGUACCGCCUGGCCCAGGCCUGACCUGGUCGACGGAUUCGUACAGAUUGACAUGAAAUGUUGCUCUCCAAAUCUUAUCAUUAACCAAGUUAUACCUACACAUCUUAUCCUAAGCACACCCCUAAAUCCCAGCCCUGACAUCCAUCCUAGACCCAUCUUUAGCCCACUCCCCCACAGCCUCUGUCCAAUGCCUGGCCCCAGUCUAACCCCAGUUUCCUGCCCCAAACUGAAAAGCGUCAGAGUAACAGUGGUUGUGCAAAAUGUAGAGUUCAAGAAAACUACCCCUCCCGGUUUCAUCCAUGAACUAGUAAAAGACAUGCUGAAAGGGAUUUAUGUCCAUGAGAAACAUGUGGUAGAUGUGGUUGAUUAUGACACAGACAUUAAACUGAUAGUCAUCGAGAGCCUGAACACAGAGUCCAUAGUGACUGGUCUGGUCACGUCUAAGACAGGGAUAGAAAUUACAGGGACAAUGACCCUCAGGCACUACAAAGGACAGCUACAGGACCAGCCCCGGGUCCCGCUGGGAGGACUGGAGGAGGUGUCGGCGUGUCUAAGAGAGAUGCUGCGCCUGCCCCUACUGUACCCUGGCACCCUGUACUCCCUGGGUCUCUCCUGUCCUAGAGGGGUGCUCCUGGCUGGGCCGCCGGGGGUUGGAAAGACCCUUCUGGUCCGCUGCCUGGUAGGGGAGGUGGGAGCCAGCCUGGUCACAGUCAGAGGACCAGAGGUGGUCGGGUCUCGGCCAGGGGAGAGCGAGGAGAGGCUGCGUGCCGUGUUUAGGCAGGCCCGGGCAGCGGCAGAAGAGGGUCCAUGUGUGUUGUUCCUAGACGAACUGGACUCCCUCUGUCCCAGACGGACUGGGUCCUCCGCACCUGAAAACCGUCUGGUUGCCCAGCUGCUCACACUCAUGGACGGCAUGGACAAAUCAGAACGCUUCCUGGUUGUAGGAGCCACCAAUCAGCCGGACAGCUUGGACCCGGCUCUACGGAGGCCUGGGAGGUUUGACAGAGAGGUUGUCAUCGGUGCACCUACAGUACAGCAGCGUUUUUCAAUCCUGUCAGUAUUGUGCCAUGCUAUGCCAAUGUGCACCAGUGUGGACCUGACAGAGCUGGCCAAGAGAACCACAGGGUAUGUGGGUGCUGACCUCAGUGCCCUCUGCCGCGAGGCUGCCAUGCUGGCAAUACGAUGCAACACACAGGGUUCAGGGGAGCAGGCUAUCACCAUGGACCACUUCCUGUCUGCCCUGAAGACUGUCCGUCCAUCAUGUCUUAGGGGCAGUCUUGGACAGACAGACCUCCCAGACAUCUCUUGGGGACAGAUAGGAGGCCUGGAAGAAGUCAAACUUAAACUUAAACAGAGUAUAGAGUGGCCAAUGCGUUACCCAGAAGCCUUUGUUCGUAUGGGUCUGUCCCGUACUAGAGGGCUGUUGCUGUAUGGUCCACCAGGCUGUGCUAAGACCACCCUGGUCAGGGCUGCAGCCAACUCCUCUCACUGCUCCUUCCUGUCGGUCAGUGGGGCGGACCUCUACUCCCCUUAUGUAGGAGACUCAGAGAAGGCCCUGGCUCAGCUGUUCCGUCAGGCCCGGGCUUGUGCUCCUUCCAUCCUGUUCCUGGAUGAGAUAGACUCUUUGAUUGGCUCUCGGACAGAAGGCAACGCCACACAGAGUGCCCAGACCCGCCUACUCUCUGUGCUGCUCAAUGAGCUGGACGGGGUAGGCUUUAGGACCCUGGAGAGAAGAGGACCAGGGAAGACCUUACAGGCUGAGGGAGUGGAAGAGUGCCACGAACAGGAACAGUUACAGUACCAAGAGGUGUGUAACAAGGAAGUGAUGAUUGUAGCGGCCACCAACAGACCAGACUGUCUGGACAGCGCCCUUAUAAGGCCUGGAAGACUGGACCAGAUGAUAUACGUACCCCCACCUGACCUGCAGGCGCGUGUGUCCAUCCUGCGGGUGUGCACAGAGAGGAUGCCACUGGAUGGUGAUGUGUGUCUGGAGGAGCUGGCUGGUCAGACGGAAAACUUCUCUGGAGCGGAUCUGGAGAACCUGUGCAAAGAGGCGGCUCUGUUAACCCUGCAAGAGGAGGGUAUGGAGGUGUCUAGUAUUAAGCACCAAUAUUUCCUGCAGUCCCUUCAAGGGAUGACUCCCUCUCUGUCUUCCCAGCAACUACAGGCAUACAAAAAACCAUUCAGAUGACAGAAGAACCCACCGCCUCUUCAGAUAAUAGAUAAUAGAUCUGAUUUGGAAUUUUUAAAUUUGUAUACUAAUAAAAAAAAACUUUGAUUAA